CUUACACUCCGAUAGAUAAAUAAAUAAAUUCGUCGCAGUUCAGUUCUGAGACCUGUGGAUGUUCGCAGUCACAAAGAAUCUGGCUCAAAAUGUCAGGACGAAUCGCUAAGCUUUAUAAAGACAGUAAAUCGAGCGACUGCGACAUAAACCUGCUCCUGUUUGGCGGAACCGGAGUGGGCAAAUCCACAUUUAUCAAUUCAAUAUCAAACUAUUUCAAAUAUCGGGACUUCCAAUCGGCCAAAAAAGGAACAGUUCAGGUCCUUAUCCCAGUCAGUUUAAACUUGUCGAACUCGAACGUCGUCUAUGGCGCUUCGGAUAAAAACAAAAGCCACGAUCAUGACAAAUUGGCGACUCAGCAUGCGAAAGUGUACUUAUUCCCCAUUAAAGUGGACGACAAAGUGUACCAUUUGCGUAUAGUGGAUUCGCCGGGAGUGGGAGAUCCCAGAGGAAUCGACUACGACAACAUCUACAUAGACAACAUUUUAGCCUACUUGGCCACGCUGAAAAAGUUGCACGGAAUUUGCUUCAUCCUGAAGUCCAACGAGACGAGGUUCACGAGGUUCGUGGAGUACUGCUUGAAGCAGGUGCUGACCCGGCUGGAUAAGAGUGCUAGUAAUAACAUUAUUUUUAUUACUACGUACAGCAAAUCUACUCAGUAUAUUCCAACGGACACGAAAAUCAACUGCUUGGAACCUCUGGUUAACAACAUCAAGUCCAAACCUCCUCAUGUAGACAUCCCCUUAACCGACAAAAACGUAUUUGCUCUGGAUAACGAGUCAUUUAAAGCACUCUUGGAGAUGCAAGAAGGGAAAAAAUUCAGUAAACACGAAGUGGCCGGCUUUUCCGAAAGCUGGAAAGUUUCGUCGAAAGCAUGCAGACGCUUACUAAAGUACAUAAUCGGUGAUGAAAAUACCUCCCCUUUACAACCUCAUGCAGUCGAAAGUACCAUCAAAAAGAAUUUCAACUGCGUGGUGUUUCAACAGGCCGAGUCCCAUAGAGGCGAAUACAAUUCACAGUAUGAACUGGAUGGACCUGGUGGCUGUCAGCGAAGAAAAAACCGAAGUCCGUCACGACGUGAAUACAGUCGUUACGAAAGAGAACGCCAAUACAGAGCGGCUAGCUCUACAUCUAAAAGUGAACACUCUUCUGGCUCAGAUGACGAAACCUAUUGUAGAUCGCCAGUGAGUGAGUACUACGCGACCAAGUCCACUAAAAGUAGAAGCUCCUCCGACUCAGUCAACAGCGGAAUCCGCACCUACGUGUCAAGUUCUAGGCCAGUCAAAUCCACUAAAUCUACAAGGAGCGGCAGACGGAGUUCAGAGGACGACGCUUCCAGAUACAGAUCUAGUUCUAGAUCAUUAAGAGUUUCCAGAAAUAAACGUCCUACUUCAGAUGAAAGAACGUCCGUGAAGUACCACACUUCCCCAAAACCUGUCAAAACGAUAUUCAACCGCAUUCUUAUGGUGUUCAAAGACCCCCAAGCCACCCGUAGCGACAUAAAUCUCCUGCUUUUUGGUGAAACCGGCGUAGGAAAGUCCACUUUCAUAAAUUCCCUUGCCAAUUACUUCAACUAUUCCAACUUCGAGGAAGCCCAACACAGCAAAAUCGAAGUUCUGAUCUCUGUCAGCUUGAACCUUUCGGACCGAACCAAAAUCUGUGGAACCGCGGACAAAAACGAACGCCACGUAAGCGGAAAAUCCGCCACCCAACACGUCAAAGUGUACCUAUUCCCCAUCAAAAUGGGCCGGAAAACUUUCAAUUUAAGAUUGGUUGAUACUCCAGGGGUCGGAGACCCCAGAGGAAUGGACCAAGAUAACACUAACCUCGAUAACAUUCUAGCGUACUUGGCGACGUUGAAGAAACUUCACGCUAUUUGCUUCAUCAUGAAGUCCAACCAGACCAGAUUCACCAAAUUCGUGGAGUACUGUUUGAAGCAGAUGUUGGUUCGGUUGGACAAAAGCGCUAGCCAAAACAUUAUAUUCAUCACCACGAGCAGUAAGAUUACACAGUAUAAAGCUGGAGAUGCCAGGAUUCACUGUUUGGAACCGCUAGUCCGCGAUAUCCAGUCGAAACCUCCCAAUGUGAGUAUCCCCUUGGGCGACAAAAACAUCUUCGCUUUGGACAAUGAGGCCUUCAAAGCACUCUUGGAGAUGCGAGAAGGUAAAACCUUCAGCAAGCACGAAUUGGAAAGUCUGGCUAACAGCUGGGACAUCUCGUCGAAAGAAAUUCGUCGCUUGUUGGCGUACAUUAUCGGGGACGGCAAAACCUCAGCACUGAAGCCCCACGAGGUCGAAAACACCAUCAGUGUUAACGAAGUGAGGUUUAUGAUUGAGCAACUCGCGACUCCUAUUGCUGAAGUGUCGGAUCUCAUUCAAGACAACCUCAGGGUGCUGGAGAGGCAUAAGAGGAACCUGAGUUUGGAGAACCAAACCCUGGACGAGCUCAAGAAAAAGCUGUUCAUACCUUGUGUCAACCUUAAAGUCAAGGAAUUAUCGCAACCUGUCACCGUAUGCACGGAGUCCAAGUGCACUGAAAUCAUAAAGGUGAAUCACGUGACCCAGUGGCACUACAAACAGAGAUGCCACAACCCUUGCCACCUCCCGGGAAUCCCCAAAGAGAGGAUCGGCGAUCCGGGAAUUAUUAAUUGUGCCGCCAUGUCGGGCAAAGACAAUUGCCAACGCUGCGGGUGCCACUGGAAAGUCCACAUGCACAUCUACAAAGAAACCGAGAAAAUGUACGUCCAGACAGAAGACCAGAACGUGAAAAUCGCCAUAAACACCAAACGCGACGGGCAACGCAGCAUCAAAAAGUUCAUGCAAACGGUCAACCAGAAAAUGCGAGAACUGAAGAAAGAAGGUAAAAUCAUCUCCGAAAACAUGGCUAAGAUUUCGUAUUUCCUGCAAGAACACGCCUUGACGCCCUACAAUGACGCCUACAGUGACUACAUCAAACAAAUUAUCAAAAACGAAGAAUUCUUGGGAAAAUUUGGGGACAAGAAAGUCAUCGUCAAGCUGGAGAAGCUCUUGAGCAGGCACGAACACCUCCAAAAGACAUUUCAAGAAAACGCCCAAAAGUUCAAAGACGCGUCUACACACUUCGACCUGAACCUUGAAGGGAUCAAGAAGAGCAUCACCGAGCUGUACCGACUGAAGCACAUGGGUAAGACAAUCCAAGAGCUGAUCAAAAAGUCGACGGCUUCUCGACAGAGGGAAACGCAGAAGAAUUUUGAAUGCGUGAUGUCUAAAGGAUUCGUUCUGGAGGAUGGCAAGAAGAAAGUCCAAGAAAGGAAGCAACGCAAGGUCGUCGACGAAAACGAGGUAGAAGACGAUGUUGACGCCAAUUUUACCCCAAAAUGCGAAGUCCGUUGCGAAUACAGAGCAAACGGAGCUGGUUUAGACGACUAUGAUUCUCGAGAAAGCUCAUCUUGCAAUGACAGAGAAGACAAAACGUCAAAGCAUGGCUCCAAAGACGAACAAACUAACAACAGAAAUGAAAGUGAUGAUAGCUCUGAGAGAUAUUUUAGCUGCAAUUCGUCGAGCGAUUCUCAAGAUGGCCCAAAUGGAGUCAAAGGGAAACGCCCUGUCGAAGAAUAAGAUAAUAAUUGUCUAUGUUUUGAUUAAGUAUCCAUUCCACUUGCAUAUUAUUAUCAAUUUAUAUUUUUUUAAUGUAUAUUGUAGUUAUAACUUUGUAUUACAAUUCCAAUAAAUAGUCUUCAGAAGCAAA